ACUACAAACUGCAUGGUACCGUGCGCACGCGAUCGAUCGUGUGUUGAUAUAUGAAGUUCGGACACUAACUAAGCCCACUUGAAAUACAUAAAAUAUACCAAAAAUCCGCGGUUUUUUUUGUCAAGCAUACAUUAUUUUAUCAACUAGAGGACAUGGCAUCAAUUGAAAAGGAAAAAGGCAUGUCGAUAUUUUUGGAUGUGUUUCGGCGGGCAGAUAAAGAUGAUGACAACUGUUUGUCUUUGGAGGAUUUCCGAUCUUUCUUUGCUGACGGCGUGCUGAGUGCCAAGGAACUAGAUGCGCUGUUUCAUGAGAUUGACACCCAUAACACUAUAAACAUUGACACCGGGGAACUUUGCACAUACUUCUCCAAGCAUCUUGGGCCCUACAGGGAGAUAUUUGCUGCUCUGGAGGACAUCAAUGUCUCUGUCUCUACAGCGCUACAAACAACAGCCACUAAAUAUCCAGAUAAGACCUUCCAGGAUCAGUUUUGUGUGCGCUUCCUACUGAAGGAGGUUCAGACCCAGCUGGGUGCCUUGCUAGGGACCAUCAGUGCAGCCUCAGACCACCUGGAAGAGGAGGCCGUUAAGAACAG